GAGUCAUAGGCCUGAGCCACACCGUGCUGUGGGAAUAAGAUGGCGGGGAAGAAGAACGUUUUGUCGUCUCUUGCAAUUUAUGCGGAAUAUUCAGACCCUGAAUCUGAUGGCGAAACUGGAGUCGACGCUGUGGGCGGUGCGGCUGAGGAGAAAGGUGGCUUGGUAUCUGACGCCUAUGGAGAGGACGACUUCUCUCGCCUAGGGGGUGAUGAGGAUGGUUAUGAAGAAGAGGAGGACGAGAACAGUAAGCAGUCGGAAGAUGACGAUUCAGAGACUGAAAAACCUGAGGCUGAUGACCCAAAGGAUAACACAGAAGCAGAGAAGCGGGAUCCUCAGGAAUUAGUGGCCUCCUUUUCUGAAAGGGUCCGCAACAUGUCACCCGAUGAAAUCAAGAUCCCACCAGAGCCGCCUGGCAGAUGUUCGAAUCACCUACAAGAUAAGAUCCAGAAGCUCUACGAGCGGAAGAUAAAGGAGGGGAUGGAUAUGAACUACAUCAUCCAGAGGAAGAAGGAGUUCCGGAACCCCAGCAUCUACGAGAAACUGAUCCAGUUCUGUGCCAUUGAUGAGCUGGGCACCAACUACCCAAAGGAUAUGUUCGAUCCCCACGGCUGGUCUGAAGACUCCUACUAUGAGGCCUUAGCCAAGGCCCAGAAGAUUGAAAUGGACAAAUUAGAAAAGGCCAAAAAGGAGCGAACCAAAAUUGAGUUUGUAACGGGCACCAAGAAAGGCACCACAACCAAUACCACGGCCACUACCACCAGCACCGCCAGCACCGCUGUCGCAGAUGCCCAGAAGAGGAAGAGCAAGUGGGACUCUGCCAUCCCCGUGACGACAAUAGCGCAGCCCACCAUCCUCACCACCACAGCCACCCUGCCAGCGGUGGUCACUGUCACCACCAGUGCCAGUGGCUCCAAGACCACCGUCAUCUCUGCUGUGGGCACCAUCGUGAAGAAGGCCAAGCAGUGACCAGAGGACGCCCCAGGACUGUGCAGCCCAGUAGCUUCCACCCACUGGGAGGUGUCACUCUGUGUUUAGGACUGAGAUGCACUCUCCACGUGCCUUCCAAGAGGAGCCUCUGUGACAUUCCAGCCAGAAGGACAUUACAGCAGAGGCAAUGGUGUGCACUGGACAGGGUUUGUCCAUACACCUCUUGGGUUUCACCCAAUUAAAAGUACUGCUUCUUGGAUCCUGGCAUGUCAGGUGGACUGGCCUCUCCCAUGCUGUGUUCAGGCAAACCUGAAGCUCAGGUGCCUCUCCUGACAUUCAAGAUGUUUCUCAGGAUGAACAGUGCUUGACAGGCCGUGGGAGUGCUCAGAGGGGCAGACCAGGGAGCAACCGUGCUCAUUCCCAGUGUAUGCCCAGGGCGUGGGCAGGUGGGAGCUCAAGGAGGGGCCAGACACAUAUCCUUUCCUGUUGUCUGUUUUCUAUUUCCCUGAUCCUGAACAAUUCUCAACAAUUCUCAGGCAAUAGCAGAGGCCGCUGCUCUCUUGGGUGCAGUUAAACACUCCCCACAGUGUUUCUGAUACACACCCAGGCUGUUGUAAUCAGGCCAGAUAACAGAGGGCUGGGAUGUGAUUCCCAACCUGCCUAGGGCAGGAGCAAAGUGUGGGCACCUGGCCAAGGCUGCCCCAGCCCCUCAGUGCCCAGUGAGUGUGGCCAGCAGGAUCCACGCAGUGGGGGAGAUGAAUCACCUCCUGCUCUGGCCAGGGCAGCAGCUCAUUGUUUAUGUAAAGGUUGUGCUCUUGGGAAGGUCUCUGCCACCCCACCCUUCCUAUGUCGUUAUCUCUGCCCAGCAGCAGCCCCUGGGUAGCACCAGUGGCCACUCUUAGGGCCCAGAUUCACCAGCCCAGCGCCGGAUGGAGGAAGGCCUGUCUUUUGUGCCCCCUGGCAGCUCUCCUUCCCAUUCAGCGGAAGGACUGAAUGUCAAAAGAGGAAGCGGGGCUGUGAAGGGUCCCCAUGCUUCCGUGGGACCAACCGAGACAACCUCUGAGGUUGUGUUUGGUAAUUGUGUGAUCUGGGGAUUGACACGCUACCCAUGAGAUCUCUAAAAUGAAAACCCAGUCACUGUUGUCCCUUUCUGUCCUUGAGUGCACUCUGUCCUGAGCAUCUCUGGAAAGGUCUACCGUGCAGAGGGCUCAGGACACCCAGGUCUGAGUGGGCAGCUCAGGAGAUAGUGAGGGGACCAGCACCUUGGCUCUGGAGUCCAGUCUGUAGCAGCCCCGAACCAGGCCUGAGGAGCCUCAGUAACAGUUCCUACCGGCGUUGGGAGGGGCCUAAGAUGGUGAAGCAGGAGCUUUACAAAUCUGAUGUGAGAUCAGCCACAUCCCCACCAAGAAUUAAUUAGAUAGGGUCUCAUGUAGCCGAGGCUUUGAACAUCUGAUCCUCCUGCCCCUUCUUCCCAAGGGCUGGGAUUAUGGACAUGAAUCAUCACACUUUGUAUGGUGUGAGGGAUUGAAUCCAGGACUUCCUGCAUGCUAGGCAAAUGCCAAGUGAGCUACAUUCCCCACUUCUGUCAGGGACCUGUGGGGAUGGGAUGCUGAGGACCUGGCUGUUCACUGGGCAUCUCCAGACUGUCCCUGCUGCCUGUUCACCGUCUCCUUUUCUGUAGCUCAGGAUCCAAGCUGAGGGAUUGCAGCAGCCCACAUUUACUGUGUGUCUUCCAGUUAGCCUAUCAGCAGAGUCCUUCAUGGCCAUGCUCUGGAGCUGGGUCUGUCUGGAGGCUUGUCUGCGAAGAGUGAGCGCCAACCAUCCCAGAGUGGUGGGUCACCUGACUCAGUUCGAUACCCCUUGCCUGAGUAUUCCUGAGCCUUGCUUGAGUAAGGCCUCCCACUGUUGCCAGUGCUCCUGUGCUGUGCGCCAAGAGAUAGGCAGGCCACUGCUAUUUUGUGCUUUGCACUUUUAUAUGUUAGGGUGCUUGGGAUCAAACCCGGGCUUCCUGUUCUACCGCUGAGCCAAUCCCAGGUUCCAGGCCCUUCUGAAGAGGAGAGGUGUUGCCCAGACUAGCCUCAAAUUAGUCUCCUGCCCCUGCCUACCAAGGGCUUGAAUUAUAGGUGUAACUCUAUACAUGGCUUGGUUUUGUUUGGUUUGAGUCGGGGUGGUAAGGAGUCAAGAUCCAAGAACAUACAAACUAAGAGCCAGGUAUAAAUACCAGCAGAAUUUCUCUAUGUAAAGGCCCUGGCUGUCCUGGAACUCACUGUGUAGACCAGGCUGGCCUUGAACUAGCAGGAGUUCCUCCUGAGUCUGCCUCCCAAGUGCUGGGAUUAAAGCUGUGCACUACCACGCCUGCCUUUGGUUUUGUGGGGUUGUUUUGUUUUGAGUUGGAGUUUGGGACCAUGAGGUGGCCUUGUGAAUAAAGCACUUACUGCACAUGCGCAGUGAUCCCAGCACCCACAGGUGCUGGGCUAGAUGUGUGCUGGGUAGAAAGCCCCUGCUGGAAGAAUUAAGAUUGGAAGCAAUGAAAGAAGACAUCCCAGCAUCAAGUUCCGCACGUGUGCGCGCUCGCGCACACAAACACACACACAAAAUGGAUGGCAUGUGUGCCUGCCCACAGAGAAUCGGCUGGGACUUGCAGGGGUGUGCUGGUAUUUAUACCUGGCUCUUAGUUUGUACGUUGUAGAUGGAUUUGGAGUGAUCUUCAGGAGAAAAUGGAAAAGCCAGGUGCAGAACAGUGAAGACUCUGCUUCACUGUGUGAAAGGAAGGGAGAAAAUUCACGACAGUGACGCAGUAGAGAGCACGCGCUGCUCUUGAGGACCCUGGAUUGGUUCUCAGCACCUAUGUCCAGUGUGUCACUGUGACUCCAGUUCCAGCUGGAGCCCAUGAUACAACUUGGGGAGCCUGCAUUCACAUGCACGUGUGCACACAGAGACACAAGUAAUUUAGAAUAAAAUCCUUGGAAGAAAAGAAAGUUAUACAAGACUGGGGGGUGGCAACUCUGUUAGAGCAUGCAACUCAGCAAGCAGGAGACCCUGGUGUCAAUUCCCAGAGGAAAUUAAAAGGAAUAAAAGCUAGCUCCCUGGUGCUAAUUAGAAGGUUGAAUUUUUGUGAUAUUUAAGACCAUCAUACUCCAGUAGCAAUGCACCCAACCCAGAUCUUGAGUCCACACCACAAACAACAGGCUCCGUGGAGAAAGGCUGAUUUCAGAAUCCAAGUGGGACCAGAGAAGCUUGUUCCAGAAACCAGAAGACUCCUGAGCCUAGGAGCCAUCUUGAUUGGUUUUGUUGUUGAUUGCUUGGAUUUUCGAGCAGAGUCUUGCUGUGUAGCUAAGGCUGGCAGAGAACUCAUCCAAUCCAGCUCCAGCCUGCAGCCGUUCUCAUCUCAGCUUCCGAAGCCAAGGAUACAGGCAUGUGAGACCCACCGUGCUGGACUCAAAGUUAUUGGAAUGGGAUGGAGGUGGGGGAGGUUGAGACAGGGUCAAAGAGCUGUUUGGAAGAGAUUUCUCUACUUGCCUCAUUUCAUUAGAUGUAACAGUGGGCUGGGUAGGAUAGUGCAGCCCUUUGAUUCCAGUACUCGAGACAAAAAAAAAGCAGGGGCGGGCAGUGGUGGCGCACGCCUUGAAUCCCAGCACUCGGGAGGCAGA